CUUCUGUCACUGAAUGCAAAAUCACUAUGGAGAAAUCUACCAACACCUCAGCAUAUGAAUGGACAUAUGAGUAUUACUAUGAUUAUAUGGAUCCAGUGACUGUGGAUGCGAGUAAACUAAGAUACAAUAGAUAUUCAAUCGUUAUAAUAUUCUGGAUCACUAUGGCUGCAUUUAUUGGACUAUUCGCCUUGAUUUUGUCAAGUAUUUCACGAACUGGGACUAUCCCAAGGCGUGACAGUAUCAGGAAGAAGUCAUGCUUGUCAUGGAUAAGUAAAGAAAGAUACACUCAGUCAUCUCAAUCCUUGGAGUGAUGCAUGUCACAGAAAAAAAAAAAAGCCAGUCUCAGCCCUUGACUGUAAUAGCUUAGUGCAGAUAUAUAUUUGCAUAUUCCUGUAUAUUUCUAUUGUUUUCAUGCACUACUGACAUUAUACGUAUAUAAAAUUAUAAUCAUCUUCCUGAACAGAAUGUUUAAAUUUAUGUUGCUUGUUUGACUUUUAAAAUCUCAAAAACCUUCACUUUUAAUGUUGUUACUUUACACAAAGAUUUAGUGCUACUUGUUAGGAAAUAUAUGCAUCUUAAUAUUUUUCUGGGUUGUGCAUUGUACGUAUUAACUGCUUACUUUGACGACACUACAACAGGUUGUCAUAGGAAAUAAACUAAACAGUGCUCUGACUUGACUUAACUUACCUUGUUAAAUAACAGCAAUCAUGUUAGAAUGCAAAAAAAGAGUUGAAACGGCUCAUUCUCAGACUAAAGUAAGUUCUAUGGUAUUACAUUAUUCAUUCAGUGUUUACCAUAAUAGUUUGUUAUUAAUACAGCCAUCUGUGUUUCCUUAAUGCCUAACUUUCUUAGUAACAUCAUACAAUAUAAAGCUAAAUCAUAAUUACUAAGUGUGGGAUUGG